AUGAGUAAAGACUUCAUUCAUCCUCCCUGUAAGAGAUUCGGUAGAACUGCAUUCGAGAAUACUGGUUUCAAUACAGUUCGUGCUCAUCACAGUCUUCAAAAAGAUGGUUGCACAAGAAUGGAAUCCUUAAAAUUUUUGGCAAGAAAGAAUUGCAAGAUUGAUGCUUCAAUAAUUUUGAUGGGACCUAAGAAGCAUAAUAUUCUGAGGUUGAAACCGAAUAACAAUCUGUGCAUCAAUGGUUGGGAUUAUGGCGAGAAGUAAUAUGAAACGAAGGAACCAAAUAGAGAUACAUUAGUUGAGUAGAUUCGUAAUGGAGAUGAGAUGAUGAAGAAAUUGGAGGAGUACGAUGACAAGAUGAGAGAAAAAAAUUUAUUUAACUUUGGAUAUUAGGAUAGAUUCGUACAAUUAAUAAGCAAUCAAUUCAAAUUACCUUAAAACAAAGAACAGAAGAUAGAAAAAAUCUUAGCUCUAAAAAAAUAGAUGAGAAAAAUAAACAAACUAAAUCAAGAAACAUUAAGCAAAAUUAGUUAAUAAGACAUCGAAGUUGUAGACUCCACUUCAAGAAUGAUGUCAUCUACUAAACGAUCGAAUUAUUAACUGCCAAUCUACAGUGAAAAUGAUUCAGUCAUACAAAAAUGCGAUACUGAAAAUAAUUUAAAAUCUCGAGAAACUGAAUCCCCAAAUUUGAAAUCCAUCACUGAUUUCAAAAACAAAAUAUUUGGAAAUUAUAUCAAGAGAGUGAGUAAAUAAAAUAGUCAGCCCACUCUAUUGUCUACUCAAAAUAGUUAUCGGCAACAUUGCAAACCUUUAAGAAAUUUACUCCUAUGUAGUGGAAUACAAUUAGGAGAAACAAAAACUAAUUGCAGGGACAAAAGCUAUUACACUCGAGCAGUAUUUUUUCCAACUGAAUCGAAUAUAGCAAAACAAUGCUCUUUGCUAUAAUCAUAAUAUCAAUUUUGA